GACCGGAAACGGGGGUCGCAUCUUGUUUUCUUUUCCGGGUUGUCUCUUGUUUCGCUUUGUCGUCGAUUACGUUGGAGCUCCUUGGAUGCAAAAAGACAAAACCGCUGUUGCUGCAUUGCAUUUCAUUGUUUCCGACAUGUCGACUGUCAGCCAAAUGCAUGCGUUCCAGAUUCAUUUAACCGAACGUUUUACCAGCUUGGCCAUGGAGAUAUUUCAAGAAGUGGCGCUCAUUGUGAAAGGAUACCAAGAGGAGAACGACUGUCUGCGCUCCUUACUGAACAAUGAGAUAAACCCCCGGUGGAAUAUAACCAACAUCGAUCACAAAAGACUGGCUAGGAUGUCUACGCCUGUGCAAGAGCAAAUUCCUGAAUUGAACAUUCCAGAGGAGAAGGGAGCAGAGACAAAAACCAAAAGAUCUAAAAUGAUGCAUACUCAGCCACGGGCUAAUGUAUUGCAGCCAUUUGCUAAUACAGGUAAAGAAGAACAAACAGAAGUACCAGUGUCAUCUGCAAUAGGAGAAUCAGAGCAAACGGGACUGUCAGAGACAUCUGCAGUUGAAAGAUCUGUGCCAUUGCCUGAUAUACCUCGAUGCAAGCAAACCAAAGAGUCAGAGCUAUUGGCCAAUGACCCUAUUGGCCAGCAAACAGAAUACAAUAGAAGGUUUGCACUAGAACGAGAGAGCGCAUCAGACAGUGGCGUCACAAUGGAUUGUCCUAAAAUUGAUCCCAAAGAACAAGAAUUUUACACAGCCAAAGAAUUCGCUCAGCCGAGCACGAGUGGGGAAAUCACAAACCAAGACCUGCUACUUCAGGAGCGUCUAAAAAUGCCCCUCAAAAAGAAGGGUACCCUGGAUGACAAGCCAAAGAGGAAAACUGUGAUGACAACCAUAGCACUGAAAAAGGAACUUAUUGCCAAGUGGGAGAGAGGUACGCGCGUCUCGGACCUGGCUGUUCAGUACAAUAUGGCUAAGUCGACGGUAUCGACCAUAUUGAAGAGAAAAGAAGCCAUCAAAGCGGCGGAUGUGGCAAAAGGGGUCAAAACACUCAGCAGCAGAAGAACUGACAAAGUGGAAGAAGUGGAAAAAGUUCUGCUUGAGUGGAUUACUCACAAACAGUUGCGGGGCGACACCGUGUCAGAGACCCUAAUUUGUGACAAGGCAAGGGAGCUGCAUAACGCCCUGACCCGAGACGACCCCGGGAGAAGUGCCGAGGAAUUCAAGGCUAGCAAGGGGUGGUUUGUUAAUUUUAAGGAGAGAAGCGGAAUCCAUGGUGUGCUCCGACCCAGGGAGGCUGCCAGGGCGGGAAAAGAAGACGCCAAAAGAUUUGAAGACGAAUUUCAAAACGUCGUUGAUAUUCAGCGUUUUCUCCCCUGAUAAGUGUUUGUCCAGAGACCUGAACGCCAAAGAGGGCCGACAUCACAGGGCAAGAGACGCCUUCCCAGGAGACAAGUUGGCCUCGCUGCUGAUCUGGGAUCAUGCCGGUCGGGACUGCCAAGUCAAACUACUCCUCUACGUGUACUAUUCCGAAAACCGGAUUGAAGGGAGCAAUUCUUGAAAUGGUAAACACAAGGUGUCAUGGACCUUGGGGUGGACAAACACGCCGUGGUUCUGACCCCCCCUCCAGUAAACUGCAAUGACUUUAGGACCAGAGAGAAGUGGCAGAGGAACUUUGUGAAGAGGCAUAUGGAGGAUGUUUGUGCAACAUUCCUACUGCAGAAAUCGAGGGACAGUUGGGGUCUUGGGUCUUUUUAUGCACAAUUAAAUUGCCAAUAGCACGUCUCUGUAAGUCGUCAUCACUCCUCGUGCAUCAGGUCGAGUACACGUUUGCCUCUUUUUACAUUGUUUCCUGUUCAUCUUCACUCUAGUUUAAUUGUGGGCCUCACUCGAACCGUGAGCUUUCUCCUAUCCAAUCAGCACACGGCAAAUGAUGAUCAUUCAAAAGUUAUCCUUAAUCUUUUUGAAAUUAUUUCAUACUAAUGUGCCAUGAUUUCAUAAUACAGUGCUCGUGGUUUAAAAAAAUUUUUGGGAUGUAGGACACAUUUUCUGGUUAAAAUUUACAGGACAAAUUUGAAAUAGCCUAUCUCAAAUAGACACCAUUUAAGAGAUACGUGUACUGUACUAAAUUACAACUUAAACAAUGUUUCAUUCGUAAUUAA